GCUGAGUGGCAGUAAGAGCUGCAGCCUGUGUUCAAAUUAGAAAAAUAUUUAUGUGCUCACUCCUACUCACUCUGCGAUCUCUGUGAACUUUGAUUUUCUUUGCACCACUCAUUUUUAACUGAAGGUUCUGAAUCAGAAACAACACAGUACAGCUGAGGUUCCUUUUUUUCCAUGUCUGACUGAUUGUGGGGGUGUGGUGAAUGAACACAACAAAAUAAAAUACAACCAACAGAAGAGCGUAAAAUUACAUCUCACUGGAGAAAAUACAACUCACAAAAGCCCAAUCAGAUGAGGCUUUGAAUUUGUUCCUCUUAAACGAGAGGGUCUAAAAACAUGACAAUCCGAACAGUCGUGUCCAGUUUCCUAUGUAAUUAUUUUUGACGCAGAAAAAAUAGCAAUGAAAUGAUAGAAAAUGAAAUCAGGUUUUUUUAUUUUGGAUGUUUUCAGGAGUGUACAUCAGGAAAAUUCUUGUGGGGCUUCAUCAUACAAACAGGACAAGGAAAAAGAGGAUCAUACCCGGACCACGAGCCAUAGUUUGACCAUAUCCGGUCUAGGGUUUCUAAGCUGAAAAUAGUAAAGUCUCAUAUGAUGCCAGAGAUAUACAGUAGUUUCCAGGAGGGGGAUCAGUAUCAGUCUAAUACUGGUCAAAAUAUCAGUAUUGAACAUCAGAAAAAAAACAACCAUAGCCCGUCCAAUCCAACACCUGAGCCCGUAUGUUCAACUUGUGCGAUGCAGAUGAAGUUGUUUUCUUUUUUACAGCCAGCUGACCACACAUCAUACUGGGAAGGUACAAUGUCAUUUUUAAAUUUCUAUUCAUUAUUAUUUUGUACUUGUGUGUUUGUAGGGCCAGCUAUUAUAGGAAAGGCGGCCGUGCCAUGCUGCCGGUGAAAUGGAUGCCACCUGAAGCCUUCAUGGAGGGAAUCUUCACAUCUAAAACAGACACGUGGUCAUUUGGUGUUCUGCUCUGGGAGAUCUUCUCACUGGGCUACAUGCCGUAUCCAAGCCGCAGUAACCAGGAAGUGUUGGAGUUUGUGACUAAUGGUGGUAGAAUGGACCCCCCUAAGAACUGCCCUGGGCCAGUGUACCGUAUAAUGACUCAGAGUUGGCAACACCAGCCUGACGACCGGCCCAACUUUUCAACCAUCCUGGAGAGAAUUGAUUACUGUUUACAGGAUCCAGAUGUGGUUACCACGCCUCUGCCUGUUGAGUAUGGCCCCAUGCCCGAGGAGGAAGAGGGCGCACCAAAGCACCCUGAUGACUCAGCUCCAAAUGUACUGGUAAACACCCAAAUGCCUGAUGGCGAUGCUCCACAGCCGCCCCCCUCCUGCCCUACGGAGGACAAACAACAACUUAGGGACCGCCCUGUUGUGGUGAGCACAGCAUCAGAGGCCAAAGCACAGACAGCAGCCCAGCCACACCCUCUGCUCCACCAGCACCAACAGCCCCACACACAGACUGCCAUGUCCAUGACCACCACCAACAUGGUCACCUCCACCGCCGGCUCCACACUUACAGCCAAGGGACCACAUAUCACAACACACAGCGCAGAGGGGGGGCACAUUAACCCAGCAUUCACCCAGGGUCACCCACCUGAAAUAGAGGGCCACAGUGGGAAGAGCACCAGCCUCCUAAAUCCAACAUAUGGCUCUUGGUUCCUGCAGCAGCAGCAGCAGCAGCAGCAGAGGAAGCAACAGCAGCAGCAGCAGAGGCAGGCAGGUGUGGGGGCAUCAGGAGGGAGCAGUGGGCGGUUGCCUGGUGAAGGGCAGGAGCACAUGGGCCGUACUGUGGCUGAGAUGGCAGGCACACUGGGGCUUCAGCACCAGCACAAGCAGUUCCAGCACCAACUCCAGAUGCUGCACCAUCAGCAGCAGCAGCAGCAGCAGCAGCAGCAGGGUCUGUGCCGGCCUUUGUUACCACCUCCCCCCAUGCUGCCCCACCAGCAGCAGCAGCAGCAGCAGCAGCAGCAGGGUCUGUGCAGGCCUUUGUUACCACCUCCACCCCCUCCUGCCACCCAGUCCCCUCUGCUUCUAGAUUCCGCCGCCCUUCCUCCAGUUCCUCUGUACAGACUGAGAAGAUUCCCAUGUGGAAACAUCGGCUACGGCUACCAGGAGCAAGGCGUGCCAGUGGAAGUUGCCCACACCAGCCCCACAUCUCUGCCCCUGCCCGUUUUCCAACAGGCCACCACUCAGUCCUCUUCAGCAGCUGACCAAAGAGGCAGGUCUGUCCCCACGUCAGUGUCCUUGGUGCGAUCAGGCCUCUCCGAGGACGGCCGCUCACUUCUGGGAACCAUGGGAACGGUGCAGGACCCCAGACUGCCUAGGAUGGAGGGCCACAACGCCACAGUGCUUUAG